AUGAUAAAUUCCAUCACCACACAGAGCGUGCUGCUGGGCCACGGAGAGCAAGGGCCAGCCCCAUCCCUGGCUGCCUGGCUGCCCGCUCAGCUUCAGACCAAGGACAAGGCAAGCGUUGAGCCGCCGGGCGUCGAAGCGGAGGGCGAUGCCGGCCUGCGCAUCGCCUGGCAGUACCGACGGUACAUCACCAAGGCCCAGCAGCAGCAGGAGGGUAUUGGGACGGCGGUGGGACGCGGGAGCGGAUUGGGGCCAUCCAGCAGCGGCGGCAUUGCCACGGCAGGCAGGGCAGCCCCUCCCAGCAAGCCCCGGCCCUGGGCCACCGCCUUUGACCUCAGGAAAGCAGCGGGCGCCGAGGUGCUGGAUGCCCACAGGCACCGCGUCGUGAGUCUCGCGGAGGCCGUGGGGCGCCUGGUCUUCACGGGACUGGCCGGAGGCAGCUGGCCGGAAGGUGCCGAGGCGGGCCUGGCCCCCUUGUUGUCAGGCAUCCGUGCCCGGGUGCGCGCUGCGGCCGCGGUGGCGCUGGUCACGCUGUCGCCGGCAGGCCUGGCGCCGGCCGUGCUCGCCCAGGCGCAGCAUGCUGCGGACGCUGUGCUGGCGCUGGAAACCGUGGCCAGCGACGCUGAGCUGGUGCGCAUGGUCCCUGACCCCGGCUCCAUUGCGGGCCUGCUGUGCGUCAGGCGGCUUCCGCUGGGUUCGGCCCUGCAGCCGCCGGUCCCCGACGCCCCCCUGCACCUCAUCAGGUCGGUGCUUUGGGUUAGAUAG